UGAUGCUACAAUCACACAGCUCCUUAGCCGGCCACCCCUUUUGCCAGGAAGGGAGCCAUUGUCAAUAGGCACAUAGCCCCCCACCUGGUCUAUUUGGGUGGAUUUAUUGACAUUCUAUAGGCAGAAGCAUCUAGUUUUCCAAAAUUAUGGACUUUCUAGAAUUGCGGGAGGUCAGAAUUGGUAUGAAGAAAGAAAAACUUGAUUCACCACUUUCUGCAGCUCUCCACGAUGACGGAUUUCUAAACUAACUGUUUCUGGACAACAACGUUUGAGUUCAAGGUCUUCAGGAUUUCAGCAAGGCAAAGAAAACAAAGGGUCAAAACAUUCAAAAACAGACAAUCAUAUUCGGAAAAUAGUCUGAUAUUAUUGUGAUUAUAUCAUUGUGACGUAUUAGAAAUCAAAAACAAUAACAUGGCUUUGAUGCCCAUAAAAUUUGACUUGGCCAAGCGAGUCAAGCUGGCCCAAGGACUGUGGCUCCUGUACUGGGUCACCGUGAUGGCCGGGAUUCUCAUCUUCAGCAUGGGGAUAUUCUUUAAGAUUGAGCUACGCAAGAGAAGUGAGAUGAUGGAUAACAACGAGAGCCAUUUUGUGCCCAACCUACUCAUCCUUGUGGGACUGGUGGCCUGUGUUGUCAACGCUUUUGGGGGCAAAGUUUGCCAUGACUCCCUCGACUCUGUCAAGUUCACCAAAUGGAAACCAAUGUUGAAGACCUACAUGAGCGGAUGUGUGGUUUUCUGUCUUGCCCUCUUCGUCACGGCUUUGUUGUGUUUCUUGAUGCAGAUCUCCCUGCACUUUGCCUUGGCCGAAGGCCUGAAGAAUGGCUUGAAGUACUACAAAGACACUGACACGCCAGGACGAUGCUUCAUGAAGAGAACCCUCGAUAUGACCCAGAUUGAGUUCCGCUGCUGUGGUAACAACAACUACAAGGAUUGGUUCGAGAUCCAGUGGAUUAGCAACCGCUACCUUGAUUUCAGCAAUGAUGAGGUUAAAGAUCGUGUUCAGAGCAACGUGGAAGGAAAAUACCUUAUGGAAAGUGUUCCCUUCAGUUGCUGCAACCCCGGCUCUCCUCGCCCCUGUAUCCAGCAUCUCCUGACCAACAACUCAGCUCACUACAGCUACGACCACCACACUGAGGAUCUAAACAUCUGGACCAGAGGUUGCCGUGAGGCUCUGGUGUCCUACUAUGGGGGCAUGAUGAACAGUAUCGGUGCUUUUGUGCUGCUAUUCAUUCUUAUGGAGGUUGCUGUGACUGCUGGACUGCAGUACCUGAGCACUUCCCUUGAAACCCUGGCAGAUCCAGAGAAUCCAGAGAGUGAGAGUGAGGGCUGGUUGUUGGAAAAGAGUGUGAAGGAGACGGUUUCUAGCAUCAUGGCAAAGAUCAAGUCGUUGGGUAAAGGCAACCAGGUACAGGAGGAAGAGGCACAGGCAACAGAAAGCUGAGAAAGCCACGCCCCCUACUGCCUCAUUGGGACUGAGGCCACUCCCAUCUUAGGGAGAAAUUUGUAGAAAAAUAUUCUCCCUUGAAGAGAUUUGUAUGUAUAUUCACAUAAGAUCAAGAAUACACAAAUACAUAUUCUACAAACAAAAGUUUUAAUGAGAUUCCAAUUGAUAUGAAUAUAUAAUAUGUUCACACAACCAUGUAAAUAUAUAUUCUGAUGUAUUUUUAAAAAUGCAAUAUUUUAAGUUUAAGAUUCUGAUUUUAGUAUCUAACCUUACACACAGACCUCACAGUCCAGAAUGUUUGUAGUGGUUUGACCAAAGGUUUGACCCAUAUAUUUCUAGUUUAUUUUUCGGUUGAGCAGAUGUUUAACCCGACAGCUUCACACAUCCAUUUACAUACUACUAGUUUUCCUAUAUUUUACCAUAAAGCGCUUUGGGACACUAUAAAAAAAAUCUGAAAUUACUUCUCUUGAAGAGGUCACACGGCAGCUUUCAUCUGGCAGCUGAGGAAAAUGUGUUUUUGUAAGUGUCCAGUCACCUCCCAGACCUUAAAGGGAUAAAAACAGAGGCGUACCUUGUUUUUCACCCAUUGCUGCCUUUAACAGGCCUUAGGUUGUCUGACGACUGUCACAAGCACAAACUUUGAUGGAGAUCUACUGGACCCUGUAAUAAUGGGGGAACAUUUCUGUAACAACAAACAUCGUAUUCACCAUGUUCACCAUUAAUGUGUGUCUUUCUCGGGUUAAAUAUCUGCCUCACAAGUUGAAGAAAUGUGAAAACGGGGUUUCUGCCACAACACUUUGCACUGGUAAAGAGUUUGGUAUGGUUUUGAGACAGAGAGUUGUUCCCACAAUUUGUGACCACAACAAAUGUUCAUGACCUUUUCAGUCAAUCAUAAUUACUGAAUUCAUUUUUAUAGAGAUUGCACUCACAAAGAGCAUUUUUUUAGCUGAUAAAAUAUUUUUGAGCUUAGCAUUAUUAGAAAAUAUUAUAUAUUCAUAAUAUAACUUCCCAAGACUUUAGAUUUUUCAUGACCUUUCAAGCCUGGAAAUCACAAUUUUAAAAUGUCCUGAUAUUAACAGGUUUUCCAUGACCAAGGAGUACCACCUUGUAAAAUAAUUUAGUUUUGCGGUCAUGUGUGUUUGUUUGUUGUUUUCUAAGUCUUAACUAAGUCAGACAACCCAAUCAGGUGUAAUUUAUUUUCUUAUCUUUUGUGUGCAUUUAUUGUUUUGACAGGUACCUAUUUCUGUACAUUUGACUUUGCAGUAAUGUCAGUCUUUGUGGAUUGAGUGGAUCAUGUAGGCAACUCCAUUUUCUGAGAUAAAGAUAUU